AUUACAUUUUUUUCUAGAUACACUCCACAAUAAACGUCUGACGACCGGGGAGUUCCAGAACUGCAGCUUGACCAGCGAUGCCAUCCCAGUUUUGUUUAAGAUCGGGUUCGGGGAUCGGAAUUCGUGUCCCUGGUAAUUGCGACGCCGUGGCCGAUGUCGUUUUUACAGAUGAUUUGGAAAUUUCAAGCUGUAGAAACUAUAAAGACUAGAUCUUGGAAAUAUCCAAACAGAAACAUUUAUACAUGUAUAAAAUGCACCGCAUAAGAUAAUGCGGGUGUGUUAUAUCUUUAUACAGUGUCUUUGGAUUGUAAAAAAAUAUCAUUUUAAAAAAUAGUGAUUUCCUGAACCAGAUAAACCUCCAAUCUAUAAAUUUUACAAUUAGCUCAACCAUGCAGGAAUCAACACAAAAUUAAAGAUGUGAUUUGCAGAUUCUGAAGGUGUUUUGUGUAGGUUUAGAUAUGGGAAGUAGUGGCAGUAAAGCCCCAGCAGUUCAAAUAUCUGGAACAUCAGACAAAGACAAUCCGAAAUCUUCUCCAUCAAAAACUGCACACCAAGACACUAUUAAUGUAAAGAGUGGUGGCCAGUUGACCAAUCAAAAACUAGAAGAAUCCGAGUCUCCAUCAAAAACUGCUCCCCAAGACACUAAUGUAAAGAGUGGUGGCCAGUUGACCAAUCAAAAACUAGAAGAAUCCAAGUCUCCAUCAAAAACUGCUCCCCAAGACACUAAUGUAAACAGUGGACGAUCAACCAGUCAUCAGAAACCUACAGAAUCUCAGUCAGCUAGUCAAAAAUCUUCAGAUAAACAAGAGGCACCAAAACAAGCUGAAUCCGGGCAGCUCAAUAAACAGGUGGAAAGUGAAAAACUUACAGAAAAGCCCGGACCAGCUAGUGCCACAGAAGAGGUGACAACAAGUCUGGGGAAAGACAAGGAAAACGAUAAUACAGAGACAGCAAUGACAACAAAAUCAGAAGGGACUGCCCCUGGCACUACAGAGCGUUUGAUUCCAGAAGUACACAAGGACCAGCAACUGUUCGAUGAUGCCAUCAGUUCAGCCUGUCUACUAAUCAAGAGCCAAAGUCUGAUGAAACUAGUCACUCAAAAUGUCACCACUCUCCGUCUGCAGAGAGCACUUCCACAAGGAAUUUCCCUGUAUGAUCUCCUCACGAAAAUGACCAAUUUACAGGAUUUGGACCUGUCUCAUAAUGACAUGGGCCCCCAAGCAUUCCGCAGCAUUUGUCUGGCCAUGUGUACGAACACUUCCAUUCUGUGUCUGAAUCUCUCCGACAAUAAAACUGACACAAACAGUGCAGAAUGCCUUGGACUGAUGUUGAGUCACAAUGACAGCUUGUCGUACCUCAACGUGUCAAAUAAUAACUUUGGAAAAGAUUAUUUCUCGCGCUGUGUUGGACCAGCUCUAAAAACAAAUACGUCAUUGACAAUUUUCAAGGCAGAAAACAUAGGCUGCACUGUAGUGAAGGAUUUUAUUGCAGGAUUGAAAGAGAACAAUUCUUUGACAGAGUUGGACUUCAGUAACAACUGUGUAUCAGAUCGGACAGCACUGGGGAGUGGACUAGCGGAAAUUCUUAAGAGGGAGACAUGUAGUGUGACAUCUCUGGCUUUGGCUGGUUGUGAAAUUAACAAAGUGGGAACCAGCCUUCUCCUGGAGGGAGUGAGGGAAAACACCUCCUUAACAGCACUCAAUGUUAAUGGACUAGAGUUUGAAUCACUCCCACACUUGUUGCAUUUUGUUGCUGUUGCUGCUAACAAUCCAAAUCUUCAAGUACUGACUGUUGAUGGUGCCAAGAUUAAGGACACCUCUACUGGGGCUAAAGGUGGAGGCAAACAAAAUGUACCAAAGAAACAAAAGAAAAAGAAGAGGUGCUUGUUGGACACAGAGGAAGUCAGUAAAAAAAUGUUUGGAAAAGAUGAGACAAAAAAUGAAAGUCAGAAUGAAUCUGUCGAUGUUGAUGAUAAUGACGAAGACAGUGGGGAGGAAGGCAGCGAUGAUUUUGAUGACAUUGUGGGUCUAGACACAUCAGAUAUAGUUCCCCCACCAAAAAAUGCCCCACCCUCUUUGGAGGUUCUGAGUUUGAUUGACAGUCACUUGACAGAUGGAUUCCUUAAAGCGCUGCAGGGAUUAUUUGAGGGAAGACAAAUUCCACUGACUGAAAUUGACAUCAGUAGCAACAAUGAGCUGACAGGAAAAGUUGUGCACUUCCUAUCUAAAUUAACAAAAGGGGAAGAAACUCUGUCCACACUGAGGAAAUUAAGAUUAGGGGUGUGUAGAGGAAUUGAAAGUUUGCCGCAGGAAUUAAUGGAGAGUGACUUCCCUUGUCUGGAGUAUCUCAAUGUGAGAAAGUCAAAAAUAACAGACCUUCACACUCUAUCUAAACUGUUUAUGGAGAGAACAUUGACAACUCUCAUCUUGGAUGGACAGAAAAUUGCUAACACGGGUAUCUUAGAGAAACUACUAGAUGGAGCAAAAGGAAGUAAGUUGACGACACUGAGUCUGGGAAGUUGUGCCUUGUCUGCUAACGACAUCAAGCCACUGUGUACGGUCAUCCAGCAAGGACUAAAACUACAGAUGUUGAAAUUAUCAGGAAAUCGGUUAGAGGAUCCAGGGGUGGUGGGCCUGGUAGAGGCAAUAUCAGCCAACAAGACACACCCACUGGCGGUCCUAGAUGUCUCUGAUAAUACAUUUGGAGAUGAAGGAGCAAAGCAGAUAGCCAGUUUAUUUACACACAAGAAACACAAAACACAACUCAACAGCCUGAAUAUCAGUCACAAUGAUGUGGGUAAGAUGGGGCUCCUCUCCCUGGUGUCAGUGAUUGGAGGGAAAUCACCACUACGGACCCUGUAUCUACAGAAACAGACAACAUCAUCUCAGCUUACCAUACCUGACAUGGUGGAAGUCUUCACCAAACUGGCUCAAUGUCUUGGUUUUACGAUACCAAAGGCAGGAGCUCAGAUACAGCCUGGAAGCUCUGACCUUCCCAGGCUACCAGAGGGCCUGGUGGUCCGUCUGUCAGAACUAGGGGGCAACACUGGUGAUAUUGGUAGGAUGCUGGACAGCAUUCGCAUCAAGACAGAUUACGUGGCAGAGAAACUUCCCCUUCUGACUUUUUCUGAUAUCCAGAUAAUCUGUGCUGUCCUGAAAGGUUCAGGUUCGGAGAUUCCCGUGUGGUCUAGUGAGCACUGGAAAAUGAUAACAGAGCUGAACCGGUCAACAUCAGAUGCUCCGUCCUGGCUGGAGUUACCAGGGAGCAGAGAUUUGUGUCUGUACCUUAGUAAUCUCCCUGGGAGCACCACCACUCAAAAACUAGAGGCCAUCCUAGAAAUGGAUGCUGACUGCAACUUAGAAGAAGUCUGUUUGAUGAAGGAUCCAGUACAUAGAGGUGUUAGUGGUGUUGGAUGGGCAUUGAUGAAUGAUGAAGAAUCAAUACAGAAAGCAGUGGAUUUCUUCAUCUCUGGAGAGGCAAGAGUUUUUGGGCAAUCCAUUAUAAUAUCAAGAGUGAAAGUGAAAGUAGAUGACGAUGAAGAUUCAGUGGCAGCCCAAAAAGCCAGAGAAGACCAAGAAAUGAGAAAUAAAUUGAGACGAAAGGAAGAGCAGGACCUCAGAAGAUUAAUUCAGAGAUCAACAGAGGAGUCAUGGAAACGCCACGCCUACUGCCUGGCCCACCCAGCCUAUGCUGAUGGCAGGAUUUGGUAGUCAGGACAAUUAGCCAGGCCAUGUCUACUGCCUGGCCCACCCAGCCUAUGCUGAGGGCAGAAUUUGGUAGUCAGGACAAUUAACCAGGGUACUCUGGACUUUGACAGCAGUGAUAAAUCAUUGGGCCAUAACAGUUUGUUUUUUGUUUAUCAGCAGUGAUAUUUAUUUACAUUAUACAGAACAUAUUACAGUACACAUGUGUUUUUCUUAUUACAUCUGAUAUAGGGAGGCAGCUUUAUACAAUCAUUGACUUUUAAUGAAGUCUACUCGUGACUAUACAGAUCUGGUCAGAAAUUGUACAGAUCUGGUCAGAAAUUGGUUGACCGAGGUCAUAGGCUGAGGUCAACCAAUACUGACCAGGUUCAUAUAGUCAUGAGUAGACCAAAUUAUCCUGCUUCAUUAAAUGAUUAGGAAUUUAAGAACAGUUAUCACAAUUUUUUUUUUUUGCCCGGGUUGCACAAUGUGCGAACUGCUUAUAGAAUGGUGAAUGAUGGGCGGGUGGGUGUCCCUGUAAUAGGGUACCUACUUUGUGUAAUCAACUCCUCUCACAGCUUGUACUUGACAUUUUUCAGACCUUGUACAUUAUAGAUGUUAUAAAAAUAUUGAAGAUAUACAUGUGACAUUUUAAAGGUGCUUUUGUUUUUUGAAAAAUUCUACAUUUAAUAUGUCAUUUUUCCAUUAUGUUUUGUACUGCUGUCUCUAUGAUAGGUAACAUAUUUAAAGCAAUCCGACUAUUUCUCUUCUUGAAUCGAUGUUUCUUUCUUCUUCAUUUCUUCAAUGGAUACAAACAUGUGCAUUAAAACACAUUAUAACAAUAUUUCAACAGUCAAAACCUACAAACUGUAACAGUAUAAUAAUUUUCUUUUUACAACUUAGCUGAACCUUUAAACAGCAUGGACUUGACAACUAGUGCUUUAAAAUGCACAAACUGAUUGAUCAAUAAAUAUGUUACCAAG